GUGGCUUUCAAAGUGACUACGAUGAGGACGAUUAUGGUGAAAGAACGUCUAUUACCGAAAGCUAUAUCCGAUUUGACAAUUUCGAACGAGGAGGAGUUGCAAAAGCAGCUUCAAGCAAACCAUUCACAGAAAGCGGAAACCUCAUUGUUCAAUUCGAAAGUUUCACCCGUGUCACUUGUUGAGAACCCGAUCAACGUCACUUUCACCGUGUUUGCGGGCAUACCAAAGGGACGUUCAAAAUUGUGGUUGGUUUAUCGGCACGGAUCGGACAUAGAAUUUGAAGAAUGUGCUCCGUCAAGCGUUACGGACUUGACGAAACACUCCUCUGAGUUCACACAAAGGGAUAUUUAUAAACAAAGUAAAGGUAACAAUUUUCAACAGCUCAAGUUUCAAUGUAUACUGAUCACGCAGCACAUAGCGAUGAUAUUGGGUUUGUUCAAUGCUUACGAUCACACUUUGUCCAUGGAAGAAGAGGAAAGCGUAUUUAAGCAUGAUUUGAAGCACGGAAUAUUGGGAUCGAACCCGGUGCAAUCAGAUGAUGAUGAGAUGAAGCAGUUGAAAGAGAAAUUGCGUACCAAGUCCAGGCACGUAUCGGUGAAGCUCAAUGUGGGUUGGAAAGCUAUACUGCGAAUUGGGGAGCGUAUUCGCUUAGUCGGUAGAUUUAGCGAAAGCUUAGAAAACGCCAUAGUCUGUGUGAGGAGAACUGUUGACACUGGUCCAGGCGAGGGGGAAGAGAUAAAGUUUCUAAAAGCAAUGGAUGAUGGUAUCAAGGGUUUUGAAUUGAUAAAAGACUCGGUCACUUACGAUGACUCCGGCAUAUACGAGUGCAAAGAUAAUCUGUGUGAAAAUUGUGGUUUUCGAUCUGGUAUGGCCCCUCGAAAUAUCUAUGUACUUCCGGACGAAAAUAUGUUGUUUGUAAUGUUAAAUCAUCAAACUCUGACCGAGAAUGGUCCGUAUGAAGCAAAUUUCAUCCAGUGCUUACGAGGUAUUCAUCCAUAUUUGUUUACAGAACAAAAUGUGAGCGUGCGAUGUGCCUAUCCAAUAUCCCUAUUUGAGCAAAUGAGGCCAACAGUCGAUUUGAUCUAUCGAAUGUUCGACACGAUUGAAAGAAGGUUGGUCAGUCUGAAUACCAGCAAGGAAACGGAGGUUAAAAGCAUGAUUAACGACAAACCAUUUUCGAUCGUCGGAUAUUCCAUUCAAGGACCCACACCUGAACAGUUGAGAGGUGACUUGAGAUUGACAUGCCGGUUUACGUAUGACCGCAUUCAACUGGUAGGUCACGAUUCCAGUGGUUUACAACUACCAGUCUUUCUAGAGAAGAAACGUGAUGUCAGUGCAAAACUGAUGCUCGCUCCGCGCAUAUUUAUUGAGUAUUUGUCGUCAGACAAACGUCAUCUACUAGACAAUUUCCUUCAUCUAAAAGCGUUUAGCCCAGUGAGUGCACAACUCUUUCAUAAAUCCGGUUCCUCAUCCAGACUGAUAGAACAAAAUGUUAAAAUCAAUGUGGUACAAAAUCUCGGUGUACCUCGUGGACAAUCGCUCGCUUUUACCAUUUACAAAUUCAAUGGUCUACAAACAGAGGACUGUUUUCAAAAAGAGUCCAUGUCCUUGAUUGAAUCGAAUACACCGCCCCUCGUAAAAGAGCAUCCAACCUAUCGGACAUCGAAAGGCGCAAACUAUGAGAACACAACAUACGUGUGCACACUGCAACCGGAACACAUCGCUCUAGCUUUAGUUGUAUUCACCGUGUUCAAUGAAGAUGAAUUGGCAGUCAGAAAGGCUAUCAUACAGAACAUUGUGGGUUAUGUACAGUUUUGGCUCGAAAAUCCCAGUAGUAAGGAGGAUAGACAAUUGCAGAUCAGUAUAAAUACACGCGCAGAUUGGCGCGUGCAGAGGCUAAACAUCGGUUGGUUUGGAUCUGUGCCCAUGAACAGGAAAUGGAAAAUGUUGGUAACGCACCAAUGGCUCACAAUAUAUGAAGGCAGAUUGCAAAGCGCUCGAUUCAUUUGUUACUAUCAAAGUGAUAGGACAAGCUCCAAAGAAGAGUGCUAUAAUCGUUUUAUUGAUUCAUUCAUUUAUUUCGAGCCCGACAAACCGGCUGAAAUGUCCGAUUCCGGAAUCUACCACUGCGUGUAUAAACCAUGCGCUGGACAAUGUGAUGAGCAUUUACUAGCUGCGCCUCGUCGCCUACUAGUCAUACCAAAUGCAAAUGUGCUAGCAAUCUAUUACAACCGAGAGCUGUUGAACGAGGGUGAACCAGUGAAAACGGACUGGAAGGAAUACAACAAAAACAAAGAGCCCGUCUUGCGGGAGGGUGAG